AUGAUUGGUCAGGAGGUAAGCAAUUUGGUUACAGUGGCGAAAAUUGCUACAUUAACCUCAUUAGAAAGAGGCGGCUGAUGGGGUUGAGAAUGGAUUAGUUGAUGUAGUUUUUUCGUUGGAGUUGAGGAAGAUCGGCAAGUCCUGGUAUUGUGGUCAUUACAUGAAAGGAACUGAGUAUGUGCUAAUUUUUCCAUUGACUCAGGCGCACAUGGAAUGCUCAUUACACCGACCGUCUUAACAAAGUGACCCUUCAAACCCUGUGUGACAAUGUUCAUAUCUACAACUUGCAAAGAAAACGGGAAUGCAAUGAAUUCGGAAAAGCUUUCCACUGAUUACAUGAUCUGCACCAACUGCCGGAAAGUUCGUCGCAAGGAAAAUGGGGCACUAGUCCCUCAACCUCUGGCAUGUGGACCAACUGCUUUCAUACCAGAAAAGGAGAUCGCACAAGAUAAUCUUGUAGAAGGGCACACCAGCUUGUUAUUUCUUGAAGAAUACUCCACCACUGGACACCCUGACAACACAACAAAAAUCAUGGUCUUACACCCUCAAUACCUGGAGUCUUUUCUCCACACCCAGUAUUACAUACUGCGCAUGGAUGGGCCACUCCCCUUUGAACACAGGCACUACUUGGCAAUAAUGGCUGCUGCCAGGCACCAAUGUUCCUAUCUGGUGAACAUGCAUAUAAAUGAGUUCUUGCAGGUGGGUGGAGACAGUGAAUGGCUCGGUGGCUUGGAGUACAUCCCCCAGAAACUGCAAAACCUCAAUGAAGUCAACAAAAUCCUUGCCCACAGACCAUGGCUGAUCACUAAGGAGCACAUUAAGAAAUUGCUUAAAACGGGGGAGAACAGUUGGUCUCUGGCUGAGCUGGUACAUGCCAUGGUGCUGUUAGCACACUACCAUGCCUUGGCGAGUUUUGUCUUUGGAAGUGGCAUUAAUCCGGAGAUUGAUCAAGACGCCAGCCACAGCUUCAGAGCACCGGUCAUCAGCAACUUCUGUGUGUGCAGUAGCACUAACAAGAGCCAGGGGGAGGAUGCCAUAUUUGCGCACAACAGUCCUGGGACUUCUGACUCGGUCAGUGAAUUGGAGGCUCUGAUGGAGAGAAUGAAGAGACUUCAGGAGGAGAAUGAAGAGGAAGAAGCAUCACAGGAGGAGAUGGCAACACGUUUCGAAAAAGAGAAAAAGGAGAGCCUUUUGGUAGUCACUGGAGCUUACGAAGAUGAGUGGGUUCCAACCUCUUGCAUAUCUCGCUAUGUAGACGACCCAAGCUUUGGGUAUAAAGACUUUGCCCGACGAGGGGAUGAUCAGCUUCCUACAUUCCGGGCACAGGACUACUCCUGGGAGGAUCAUGGUUUCUCUCUGGUUAAUCGUCUUUAUUCUGAUAUUGGCCAAUUGCUUGAUGAAAAAUUUCGCAUGGUUCGCAACCUGACCUACAACACCAUGGCUACGCAUGAAGAUGUGGAUACGACUACCUUAAGAAGAGCUAUAUGGAACUAUGUUCAUUGCAUGUUUGGAAUAAGAUAUGACGAUUAUGAUUAUGGUGAAGUUAAUCAGUUGCUAGAACGGAGUCUAAAGGUCUAUAUCAAGACGGUGACCUGCUACCCUGAAAGAACCACAAAACGCAUGUAUGAUAGCUACUGGCGGCAAUUCAAACAUUCUGAAAAGAUCCAUGUUAACUUGCUGUUGAUGGAAGCACGUAUGCAAGCUGAGCUCCUCUAUGCCCUGCGGGCUAUAACUCGGUACAUGACCUGAAGUGAGGAGCAAAUAUUUUCUCCAAGGACAUGCUGACAGUGGAAACUGAACUAGUGCUGAUUCUGAAUUAUUGGGGCAGUGAUAAUGAAUCCAUUUUCGAACAUUGUCCAAAACAUUUAGCCUUUCUGUGCUGACUGUAGAAUAACUGAGACUUCGCUAAAGUUUAACACUGAAAGUAAUCUUACAAUGAUAUCACUUGCCAAAUUCACAGCCCAUUGAUAAAUGUGUUUGCCUGUGCAAUUGUUACAGUCAGGUGUAAAUGUGAAGUGGUUUGUGAGAGAAAGCGAGUGAAGGAGGAUCUUGGUAAUAUCCAAAAUGUGAAUGAACAAUGCAGACAUUUGAGGCUUUGUUCGCUUUAAGUCUAGCAUGAACAUUGUUCACCCUCCUAUGAAUCGUUCUCUUAUUUACAUUGUAGUCGAAUUCUAUUUGCACAUCUGCCUUUAUAAGCUCAACCGCAGGGGCUAAAUUAAGCUUUGAUGCAAGAACUGGAUCCACUAAAGAUAGAGCACGGUUUAAAAUAAAUGUAUUUGUUUAUGUGUAUGUCAUCUGAAACUGUUUAAUUUCUGCUUUAGAUAUUGACUGUCCCGAAUGGUAUUCUAGUCACAAACAAUUUUAUUCAUGCCCCUCCCCAUUCUGCAUAGUCCAGAAAUGUAAUCUGUAGAAUAAUGUAUUUGUAGAAACAAUAAUGUAGUGGUAGAAGUGGCACUACUUUGAGCAAAUUGAAAACAGGUAAUUUGCUUGAACUACUAAACCAUCUCGAUCAUUGGUAGUAGUUAAUGGACAUUUAGCAUUCAUUGUUGAAACUUGAAUCAGAUUUUCUUUCUGAAUAGCAAAUAACAGUUAUAGAAGAUGAAUAUCGAUCUACGUUAAAAGUUAAUUUGACCCUCUUGCUGCCAUUCAGUUACAUUACAUUUGAUUUCUUAAAUUAAAAUUGAUUCCUGCAAUAUUAAUUCAAAGCAUCAAUUUACAUUUGAGCAAAAUAAUUGUUCAAACAUUGCAAACGAGAUGAUACAGUAUGGAUGCUUGAAGUCGACAGAAUUGCUUUCUGAAAUUGGCACAACAGAGCGCUACAGCUUGGAAAGGUGAAUUCUGUUGGGCUUAUCAAACCCAAUUCCUCAUCUCAAAAAUGGUAAUGAGAGAAUUGCUUUUUAAUGUGCAAACUGAGACCAAGCAAAACAAUAUGGCAAUAGUUAGUCGGGAAUUCAGUUAGAUCCUAAUUUCUUUGGAAACUAUUGGCACUACAAGGAAUAACACUGGAAUCUGCCAUAAAAUCUAAGUAAAGAUAGAGGGGAAAAAAAAUCAGAAAUGGUCCAACUCCUGUUGAGCUAAAUUCUAUCCCACUGUUUGUUGAGGAAGCAAUGAUGGUUAUGCAAACUACCUAUUUGUAUGACUUUUAUUUGGCAAUGGAUGCUGUCAAAUACCAAAGUAGCUUUUUAGAGUGUGUAUAACUGCAGCUAAUAAAAGAAUACUAAUUGCUGAGGAGUGGUUUAAAACAUUGUGUAGCACUAUUUCAACGAUGAGAACUUGUGCUCAACUACUUUACUGCACCCUUGCAAUUGAAACUUUUGAAAGUAAUUUUGAAAGUUUAUUGUUGGGGCAAGGACACUUAGAUGUUUCAAAGGCAAACUAGGAUUCUCUUGAGUUUUUAUUUUUCCGUUUUAUAGGCACAACUUUCUGCUAUUGUUGAAAGAGACUGACACCUCCGUAGCCACGAUGAGUGCACAUUGUGUUGGCCAAGCUUCCAUAAAUGUUUUCAGCUAGAGCUAAUUUAAAAAAGAAAACUGAAUAAUGCUGCCCUGUUUCGAGAGAUUAGGUUAAGUGAAUCAAGUGGUUCUAUUGUUAAGUGUCUAGAUUUAGCUGAAGGUGGCAAUUAUGGAAAUACUACUGAAUUUUUAUGGUGUCCUCCCUUUCUUGAGCCCACCUAUCCUGCUACUGGCCAUAGUUUGAUAUUCCAGGAUCAUUCUCAAACUGGAAAAACCUAAUCCCAGAAUUCGUGUUUAGUUAGAGGACAGUAGUAGCCUCUCUUGUAGAGAGGAGAAUCUCUGCUGGUUAUACUCUGGACUGAGUUCUUCCAAAAAUCAUGGAUAACCAGAUCAUUGUUUUCUGUACAAGUUGCAAAUUGAAUGGACAUCUCAAGUAAAACAAUGUCAGCAAAGAUGAUGCUUUACUGAUAUUACAUGGGAUAUCCUUCUGUAUAUCAUCUAUACGUUAGUUUGCAUUCUCUGUUCAAAAACACAAUGUACCAAGUAUUUGCUUCCAUUAAUUUUUUUCAAAGGAAUAAAUGCCACCCUGUGCCAAAAUUAUAGUACAAGUGUGUAUUUUGCACACAGAUGUUGAACUUGCUGCCUAUUAGGCUGCUGGCAUUUAGGGCAGCAACGACAGUCCUCCAUUUCUUGUGGCGUUCAGGGCUUCCUUCAUCGUGUCAGUAGCUUCCUCUCAGUUUACACUACCUGUCAGCCUUGCAAGUCCUGGGUGGAGACUCAGGAAUACUGUCACUCUCAAAUGUAGGUGGAUUCUUCAUUGCUGUUUCCGUAACAAUUUAGUUUUACCAGCCGGGGUUGUUAGCCUGAGUUGAACCCCCGAACCUGGAGGACUGGUGGACCACUAUCCUUUGACCUGUUUGGUUGGGGUGACCCUACCAACAGCCAAAGUAUAAAACCCUGACUCCAGCAAAUAUAGCCUUCUGGGUUAUUGAGACACACAAGCCUCCAAACCAUGACAAGGUUGUGGUCUGCGUGGAGGACAAAUAUUUACACUUAGUGUUAAAAUAUUCAAACCAGCAUUUGCAAUUGAUCAACUACAUUCAAACUGGAGGCUUCUCUUGAACUAUUAAUAACCAUAGUACACUUUUGUAUUCAUGCAUAACUUUCCACCUAAGGGAGAUCCUAAUUUUAAAGUGGUAGUGUAGCUGUGACAUUGCUAUCAACAAAUUGCAGCAUAAUCUUGCCCCAGCGCCAGAAAAGAGCCACAUUCUUCCAAAGUGAAUGCCAAAAAAGACGCUAAUUGACUUAAUGUGGCAAUUUGUCUUUUAUUUUCAUUGUAUGUUGCUUUAGAUCACUCUGGCCAUGGUUUAAGAUAGCUCCAUCAGUUCUGCUGGUUUUAAACUUGAUAUUUUUCAUAAAUGUAAUACUAAUUUUGCAGUGCAAGUCAUGAGGGACCGGCAGGAUUUUCUUCAGUGUUGACUACAGACAAAUCCUUGUAUCAGGCAAAAUGCUCAUAGUUGUGCUCAGAGCUGCAGUUCCCAAAACAUCCAAUGCCCAGUGCCUGUGUUGCUGCUACAGGCAAAUGUAGGGUUCAUUGGAGCUUCUGUUUUUCUGUAAGAUAACUGUCAACAAAUCUCUGCAUGGCAUGCAACAGAUUAUGGCAAUAAUUCAUCAGUCAUUUAUUAUGAAAUGUUUCCAAAUGUCUGAAAAUAAUUAAAAUUGGUGUACAAGUGCAGGAUUUUAAUUUUCAUGUCUGGUAUGUAGAAUGAGGAAUGAGGGUAUGAAUAAAUUUGAUUCUAAUCCAAAUAACUGAGGCUUUCUAUUUUGAAACAUCAAAAACUAUUUGAGUCUUAAGUACAAUCUUAAGAGGGGAUGUUGAACCUACCAUAUGGACCAGCAUUUAAUGUGUGCUGGUGGAUUAAAAAAACUGGAUUUAAAUAAGCAAUUGAAUUAAAACUUGAAAUCUGCGCCAAUGCCUUUUUUGAAUGACGGAAGUAUUAUCUGAAUGACAAAUAAUGAAUGUAUCUAGAUUGUGCAUCUAGAAAAUAAAGCCUUUCAAAUGGUAAUUACUCCAAAUAAAAAUGUCAUACAUUUCUACAAAGAAACAACAGGUAUUUUUAUGUUGCGUGCUGAAAUCAUCAUGUGAUUAUCUAUUUAGCUAUUCAACAGUAUUAUAAGUAAUUUUGGAUGCUUUGGUACUAUGCAUAUUCAAUCAUUUAUAAUCAAAAAAAGCUGUGAUACUAAGCUGUCUUGUGCUUUGUUACUGUAUAUUUAAGUUACUGUAUAAUUUGUAUGCUAAAUAUUGUAUUGCAUGAAACGAGUACCACCAGUUUCAAUCCACCCAUCUUGUUUUGCAGUAUAACUGAAAGAAGCUGCAUUGAAAAAAAAAUUCAAAAAUUGUAAAUGCAGGAGGUAGCAUCUGCUGUAUUUGGCACAAUCUCGUUUAAUGUGUGGGAAUGAAGAAUAUUUUUUCUACACUGCUGUUGUUAAUUCACAAUUUGGUGAACAUGAUCCCUGGCAGCUGCAACUAGGAGAAGAGAAUGGUGAAUCUGUGCUCACCAGCAGUAAAAAGGGUGUUUUGAUUUUUACUCAUUUAUACUCAGUUAAUUCUUGCAGGUUUUUAUUUAACAUCUUUUUCCGAAUUGCUUUUUUUCCCCUCUAAUUUUAUACAAAAAAUGUGAUUAUGGUUGUGAUAGCUAUUUAAGUAAAGGUGAUUUUCAUUUUUUUCCCAGUGAUUUACAAUUUCUGUCAGAUGGAGGAAACACACAAGGUAUAAACUAUUGACACAGAUGACAUUUUAACAUUGUGUUUUGGUGAGCAAGACUGUGACUGAUAAUAGUUUAUUCUGUUUAAUUUGACACCAGAAUAACAAUGGAACAAGUGCUUUCUUAAUCAUACAUGCUACCCAAUGGAUAAACUGCACUUAUUCCUAUGGUUGAAGAUGUUCUAUUAUAGGUACGAAACAAUGGUUUGUAAAGAAACAUCACAUUUAUGUUUGGAGAUUUCAUUGUUGUUAUUGGGAAGGAAGGGAGAUAAAUUUUUGUUUCAAUAAA